AUAUAGUGAUGGGCAAGCACAAACUCCACUACCUCUUUGGCACAUUUUCUUCGUCACUGUUCGCUCUCUCCUUUGCUUUGUCUUUCACUCCCUCAAAUUUUGAAAACCAAUCCCACCAUCCCGCAUCUAUCUGAUAAUUGGUGUUGAGGGCAUAAUAUCUGCCUGAGCUCUAGGAAAUUCUACAAUCAUAGGUCACACGGGAAGAAAUAAGCAUGCGUUGGUUGGGUGUUUUGGUUGAUGUGUUCCGCCAAGUUGUAAGCUUGAACUUGUAUUGUAGAGUUAUUCUAUAGGUCACCAUUCCUCUUAAUCCUCUACUUUGUUACUUUUGGUCCCUUAUUCUUAAUUACCACCAUGGAAGCCAAACACUGUUUGAUCAUUUCUUCAGAUAAGUAUAGGAUUGGCUGAAAGAUAGUAAGUGAAGGAAGAGCCUGGUAUUUUGUGUUUCAGUGCUGCUCUCUCAUAUAGUUUUCUAGUUCUAGCUGAUUUUGAUUUUAUAGUUAGUUUGGUGCCUUCAUUAUCACAUUAUAUUGGGGUAUUUUGUGGUGUGUACUUGCAUUCGGAUUGAUUGAGUAGUGUGGUGAGGAUCAAAAGAAGUUAUGGUGUGCCAAGCAGCAAGCCAAACAAGAUUUCGGGCAUUAAAACAUGAGAAUGGAACUGAAGGCGAACCAACAAUUAUAGUUAGAGUGAUAGCAUGCUUUCAACCUUUGGACAAUUGUCAGGCUGAGUACUUCCGUCAUUUGCUUAAGCCUGUCACGUAGAUUGCUUUGCAUUUAGUUUUCUUUCAGCUGGAGUUUGUAGUUUUUGUUUUCUGUCAUUUGUUCCUAAGAAAAGCAGCAAGUCAUUGAAGCUCCCAUAUCAAAGCACCAUAACAUCUACUGGUCAUUUUUUUGGUUGGAUGGUUAAGGCUCAUAGGUCUUGGGCUUACCCACAGCACGUGGCUUGGCCAUCACCUUAUUUAAGUUGCUCCUGCCCAUUGGUGGAGCCUGGUUCAUGUGGUCAUUCAGCACAUCUGAACCCUAGCACAUGCAUCCUUCCUGCUGUCAGUGUAUUUCAAGGAUUCACAGCUCCUGCUAUCCCAAUCUUGAAGACUGAGCAGACCAAUGAAGUGCAAGGAUUCCUUCAGUAUCCCAAUUCAGAACCAUGUUUGAAAGGAACACAUACUGGAGGGGCUAUGCAAAAUGCAAAUCAUGCAUCUUUGCAGAAGAAUUUACUUAUUUUUGACCACUCUGGUAAUAAGACAAGGUUGCUUUAUAGUCCUGUCUUUCCUCUUGUUCAGAGUCCAAUUGUAACUGCUGCACAAUUUGCUCAAGCUUAUAAUGUAAAUGAGGAAGCACGGGAAACUAAUAAGGGCCAAAAGCAAUUACCCAUGUACACUUCACCAGAGGAGUCUGAUAAGGAUCAUAUCGUUAAUGAAGAAAGUGAAAUGCAUGAAGACACAGAAGAAAUCAAUGCGUUGCUUUAUUCUGAUGAUUCUGAUUCUGGUUCUGAUAAUGAUGAUGAUGAGGUAACAAGUACAGGCCAUUCUCCAUUGGUUACUAAAAGAACUUAUGUAAUGCAAGAACAGUUUGAGGAUAAAGAGGGAGAGGUUGUUAGCUCUGACUGGUCAAACAAAAGGCGGAAGUUAAUUGAUGGUGGAUACAAUAGAUUACCAUCACUUGUGGACAGUGCUGGUUCCGUCAGGCUAAAUGAAAUGUGUGAGUAUAUCAGUGAUGCUGAAUCAAAGUAUUCUUGUGGCAGCCAAACUAAACGAAAUAAUUUAACAGCGGCUGAUAUUCAAUUGAAAAAGGAUAAAAUCCGUGAAUCUUUGAGAGUUCUUGAGAACUUAAUUCCUGGAGCAAAAGGAAAGCAUCCCCUGUCAGUCAUUGAUGGGACUAUUGAGUACUUGAAAUCUUGGAUUUCCCAAACCGGUACACUGUGAAAUAUCACCUAGUGGUCAUAAUGGUUAUAACAUGGUUGAAGGACACAUGAAUGGUGAAAAGGGUUGUAUUUGUUGAUUUGUUGCAUUAUAAGUUUCAACUUAGCAUUUUUGCUUCUUUUAGCCUCUUUCUCGAGGAGUAUUUAUAGUUUAGCAAUAAAGUGGAGUGCAGCAAUAGAAAGAGUACUGCACUUUGCCUCUGCUGCUGAACAAUUAUGGGGUUGGAAUUUCAAUUUGAUGACCAAAGUUUUUAUCUUUUAGCUUUUGGUGGAUUGAAGGUCACUGAUUGAAUGGACAAGAGAUGGUAGUGGAUGGCUGUGCUGUAAAUGAGGACACUUUUUUCUGCCUAAGUGUUGAAUUCUCUUGUAGAUUGAAUGCAUGCGCGUUAGGUAACUUGGGUCCCACUCUCCACCCUCCUUUUCAUUCCUGAUUUUAUGCUUUUGUUCUCUCUUCCAAGCCUGCACACAUAUCAUACUGGCAUAGACUCUAAAGUACCAAUAAAGUUUCGGAUGUUGGGGAGUGCUUCGAUGAGGAACGUGGUGUUUCAUCAUGAAUUGUUGGGGCCCUUUGUUGGAUAUAUAGCAUUUGUGGUAAAGGUUACUUUGUUUUACGUGUUGAGGGGUGGAAUGAUAGGCAAUUCUAUUUUCUACGUUGUAAUUGAGAGGUGUGUUGAGUAUUCUAGGUUUCUUUUUCAUGAUGCUCUGUCGGUUGUGUGAUUGUAUGAAUAAUUGGAGUGUGAAAUGUAUACUGGUUUGAUGGCUGGUUUUCAUAUUUUCUAUGUUGAUUGUCUUAUGUGUUUGAUAUUUGUUCCAUGUUGAGGAAUUGAAUAUCAUUUUACUAUGAAUCCAUGAUUCCUCAUUUCCUCCAUUUUCUUAUAUCUUGCAUGUAAUUCCGUGGGAACAACGUGCAUGAAGAAAUAAAUAAAUAAGUAAAAAUCUGAUAAUUUUUUCUUUUCACCUGUGAGAUGGAAAAGGAGUGAAAUUUCCACGUCUAAUGAGACACAUCAGUAUUGGCAAAAGCUCAACUUACGAACAUUUUUUUGUUCCAAAUAAUUCAAACAAACAUGUAAAGUGUUGUUCAUGCUCCUAAUCAUGCACACUUUAAUUUAUGGUGCCUGUCAAUUUUAUUUUUGAAGAAAAGCUGUGUUGGGCAACACUUGUAGCUUAUAUUGGUCUCCAUCAUUUCAAAAGUGAAAUGUAUUUCUAUGAAAAUUGUAAGUUGGCCAUCACACUUAAUUGUCAUGAACAACUCCGGUCUAGGCAAUUUGGCUUU